AUGACUUCAAAUCAACUAUCUCACUGCUGCACCAUUGGAUCUCUGCAUGAGGGCGAAGCAAAAGGCGAGAUCAAGAACAUUGGGGACAUCUCAACGUACUUCGUGUACCCCAAGAACAAAUCGACCGAAAAUGCGAUCCUCAUCCUAACCGACGUCAUCGGACACAGAUUGAUCAAUGUCCAGCUGAUAGCCGACCAGUUUGCAUCCAAAGGCUACUUCGUGUUGAUUCCAGAUCUCUUCAACGGUGAUAAUGUGCCAAUCAAUCGUCCGGAGGGGUUCAAGAUCAUGGAUUGGGUGCAGAAUCACUUGCCACUCCAAACGGAACCUAUCAUUGAAACGGUUCUUACCGAAAUGCGCAACAACCUUGGCUGUAAACAUAUCGGCGGAGUCGGCUAUUGCUUUGGUGGGAAGUAUGUCUGUCGAUACUUGAAACCUGGUCAACUAGAUACCGGGUUUAUUGCCCAUCCUACAAUGGUCGAGGCCGCUGAGCUGGAAGGAAUUAAGGGACCACUGAGUAUUGCGGCAGCCGUGCGCGAUGUGGUGUUCACCACUGAGAAACGAUACCAGAGUGAGAAAAUCCUGGACAAAUUAAAUUUCCCCUACCAGAUCAAUCUCUUUUCCGAUGUUGAACACGGCUUCACUGUGCGCUGUGACUUGUCCAGGUCUCGUCAAAAGUUUGCCAAGGAGCAGGCUUUCAAUCAGGCGGUGACGUGGUUCGAUGAGUAUCUGAAGGCGUAG